UGUGUUUCAGCUGUAGGCAGUGUGAACUCUGAUCGCUUGGUGAAGCUGUCAUCUGCCAGGCUUCUGUGCUCUACAGCCAUCGGCUUCUGCUCUGUAACUAGGACCUCGUGAGAACCUCCUGAGGAUGUAUCCAUGGAAGCCAUUCUGAAGCUCUUUGGUGAAUACUUCUUUAAGUUUUGUAAGAUGUCUGGCUAUGACAGGAUGCUGCGGACCCUGGGAGGAAACCUCACGGAGUUUAUUGAAAACCUAGAUGCCCUCCACAGUUACCUGGCACUGUCUUACCAGGAAAUGAACGCACCAUCCUUUCGAGUGGAGGCGGGAGCUGACGGGGCAAUGCUUCUCCAUUACUAUUCAGACAGAAGCGGUCUGUGCCACAUUGUACCAGGUAUCAUUGAAGCUGUGGCCAAGGACUUCUUUGACACCGAUGUGGCCAUGAGUGUCCUCGGCAUGAAUGAAGAGGUGGAGAGGACAGGGAAAAAAGAGCAUGUUGUCUUUCUGGUUGUGCAGAAGGCUCACAAACAGAUGAGAAGGGCAAAGGCAAACCUGCCACAAGACAGCGCAGACAUCGGGUCGGAUGAGGAGGCUCUUGAGGCAACACUCCUUAGGAUGAAAGAGAGAUAUCUGAGCAUCUCAGUUCGUCCUGGAGAGAAAUCUCACUCGGAUGUUGUGAGGGCAUCAGUCAUGUUCAGAAAAGGGCCCCUCAGGGACUCCUUCCAGCCCGUCUAUCCUGAGAGACUGUGGAUUGAAGAGGAGAUGUUCUGCAAUGCUUUUCCUUUCCACAUUGUCUUUGAUGAAGCACUAAGGGUCAAGCAAGCUGGAACAAAUGUGCAGAAGUAUGUCCCUGGACUCCUAACCCAGAAAUUUGGAGUAGAUGAGUAUUUCUCCAUCGUCCACCCUCAAGUUACCUUCAAAAUCUCCAGCAUCUGCAAGUUCAUUAACAGUCAAUUUGUCUUGAAGACACGAAGAGAAAUGAUGCCCAAAGCAUGGAAGAACCAGCCGACACUCAAACUCCGGGGCCAGAUGAUCUGGAUGGAGUCUCUGCAGUGCAUGAUCUUCAUGUGUUCCCCAAAGCUCUGCAGCCUCCAAGAGUUGGAGGAGAGCAAGAUGCACCUUUCCGACAUCGCUCCCCACGACACCACGAGGGAUCUCAUCCUCCUCAACCAGCAGAGGCUGGCGGAGAUGGAGCUGUCCCGCCAGCUGGAGAGGAAGAAGGAGGAGUUGCGUGUCCUCUCCAAGCAUCUGGCCAUUGAGAAGAAGAAGUCGGAGACCCUGCUGUAUGCCAUGCUGCCUGAACACGUGGCCAACCAGCUCAAGGAGGGCAGAAAGGUGGCUGCAGGAGAAUUUGAAACCUGUACAAUCCUUUUCAGUGAUGUGGUGACAUUUACCAACAUCUGUGCAGCCUGUGAACCUCUCCAGAUAGUGAAUAUGCUGAACUCAAUGUACUCCAAGUUUGACAGGCUAACCAAUGUCCAUGAGGUCUACAAAGUGGAGACGAUAGGUGAUGCUUACAUGGUGGUAGGUGGUGUACCAGUACCUGUUGAAAGCCAUGCUCAAAGAGUUGCUAAUUUUGCUCUGGGGAUGAGAAUUUCUGCAGAAGAAGUGAUGAAUCCUGUCACUGGAGAACCCAUCCAGAUCAGAGUGGGAAUCCAUACUGGACCAGUCUUAGCAGGCGUGGUAGGAGACAAGAUGCCUCGGUACUGCUUGUUUGGCGAUACAGUAAACACAGCGUCUAGGAUGGAAAGCCACGGGCUUCCCAACAAAGUGCACCUGAGCCCCACGGCCUACAGAGCUCUGGAAAACAAAGGGUUUGAAAUUGUCAAGAGAGGUGAAAUUGAAGUGAAAGGGAAAGGAAAAAUGACCACAUACUUUCUGAUCCAGAACCUGAAUGCCACCAAGGAUGAAAUCAUGGGGCGACCUACAGCUCUCACCAAUCAGGAAGAAGCAAGUACUGCUGGAAACCAAGACAGGGAGCCCUGUGCAGUCCCAAGUUACGUGGGUGGAGACCAGCAGCAACCCCACAAUGGUGAGGCAGCAGAGACUUCUGAUGAAGCCGCGCCUGCAGGGAGCCCGGUGACAAGGCUGGAUUCCACGGAUGCAGCCGAUGGCCAGCCAUCCCCUGAUCAGACCAAGACAAGAGUGCCAUCUGCCUUAUGUGUUGUGUUGUAAUCAAGAGAAAAAGUGAAUCUACAGAAGCCAAGCGCACGCCUGUAACCCCAGUACUUGAGGAAGCAGAGGCAGGCAGAUCUCUUUGUGUUCGAGGCUAGCCUGAUCUACAGAAAUGAGUCCAGAACAGCCAAGGCUACACAGAGAAACGCUGUCUUUUUUUUUUUUUUUUUUUUUUUUUAGAUGUGUAGCGGUGGCAUACCCACCCUGCAAUAGAGGAAGAAACUCAGAGUUCAGAAAGGCGCUGUGGUUUAUACAAGGCCCACAACUGGUGUAUGCAAGGAGUUUGGUUUUUAGGACCAGCUAUCCUGGGCAGACCACAUAUGUGAGAGUCGACUUUGAGUUACAAGUCGAGACAAUUGCACAGUUUUUUUCGGAUGCCAUUAAUUCUUCAGUUAAUUAAAAAUGAAAAAUAAAGCAAACAGCUAAAAACCCACAAGUAAA